AUGAGUCGAAUCGCGAAGACCACCAUCGCCGGCAAGCCGAUCGGCCCCGUUGGCUUCGGCCUGUUGGGUUUCACGAAGCCGUGGGACAUGACCGAGUAUGAAGAUGCCAUCAAGGUCAUGAAAGCAGCACUUGAGCAGGGAGCAAACUUCUGGAACGGCGGCAUAUUUUACGGCACACCAGAGGCCAAUUCGCUUCACCUGUUGAAGUACUACUUCACAAGAUACCCCGAGGACGCAGACAAGGUCGUCCUCGUUAUCAAGGGCGCAUACGACCGGUUUACGGACACGCCACAGGGCAGCCCAGAGGCCAUCCGCGCGUCGGUGGACGAGGCGCUGCGCGUCCUCGACGGGACCAAGAAGAUCGACGUUUUCCAGAUGGGGCGCGUGGACCCAAAGGUGCCCAUCGAGACGAGCGUCCGGGCGCUGGCGGAGCUCGUCACCGAGGACAAGAUCGGGGCCGUGGGCCUGAGCGAGGUCAGCGCGGAGACGAUCCGGCGGGCGGCCGCCGUGAGUGAGAUCGCGGCGGUUGAGAUCGAACUGAGCCUGUUCUCGACCCAUGUGUUGAGCAAUGGGGUGGCGGAUGCGUGCCAUGAGCUUGGUAUCGCACUCGUGGCGUAUAGCCCGGUCAGCCGGGGCUGGCUGACUGGGGAAAUCCGGAAGCCCGAAGAUAUCGCGGAGAACGACUUCAGGCGUCACCUGCCGCGUUUCCAGCCUGGGGCGUUCGAACAGAACUUCAAGCUCGUUGAGGCUGUGGAGAAGAUUGCAGAGCGCAAGGGCGCUUCAGUGGCACAGAUAGCCAUGGCUUGGGUGAGGCGACAGGGAGCCAUUCCCAUUCCCGGGUCGAGGAAGGUCGAGAGGGUGGUGGAGAACUGCCAGGAUGUGGACCUGAGCGAGGACGACCUGGCCGAAAUCCAGAAGUUGUUGGACUCGCUACCUAUUGCAGGUGGAAGGUAUCCUGCCUCCCACGAGCGUCUGCUGAACCAGUAG